AUGAAGUUCCUCAAGUUGUCUUCUGUUGUUCUGGCUUUGCCAUUUGCAAUUGCCAACCCCGUCAAGAAUGUCGACUUCGCCCACGGCCAGCCCAGCGAUGGCAAACUGAAGGGCGGUCCGAUCUUGGGUGGCACCAACCACGCAAUUGACCUCCAGAACCCCGACAACCUUGGCCGUCAGUCCACCGACGGAGGCCGCGUCAAGAGCUUGAAGUGGAGCUUCAGUGAGGGCAAGACCAACAUCUACAAUGGUGGUUGGAUCCGCGAGCAGGUCAUCACUGAUCUGCCCCAGAGCCACGACAUUGCUGCUGCCCAGCUUCAUCUCAGGAAGGGCGCCCUCCGCGAGCUUCACUGGCACACCACUGCUGAGUGGGGUUACGUCUACGCCGGCCGCAUGUUGAUUUCCGCCGUUGAUGAGCACGGAAACUACACCGUCGAUACGCUCAAGGAGGGCGAUAUCUGGUACUUCCCCAAGGGAUCUGCACACACCAUCCAGGGUCUCGAUGAUGAGAACGAGGCUCUCGUCGCUUUCGACAAUGGCGACUUUGACGCCUCCGGAACGACCUUCAUGGUCGACGACUGGAUCGCGCACACCCCUCGCGAUAUCCUCGCCAAGAACUUCGGCGUCGACGUCUCCGUCUUUGACGACAUCCCCGACAAGGACCCAUACAUCUUCAACGCCACCUCGACGACCACCCCAGAUAGCGGACCAGAGAGCGGUCUCACCGGCCCCAGCUCUUACAUCUUCCACGACUCGGCGACUAAGGCCAGUGUUCCUAUCCCAGGUGGUGGCGGUCAUAUUUCGAUUGUCGACUCGAGGAACUUCCCCAUCUCUACUACUAUUGCUGCUGCCAUUAUUACGCUCAAGCCUGGUGCGCUUCGUGAGCUCCACUGGCAUCCUAAUGCCGAGGAGUGGCUCUACUUCCACAAGGGCACGGCCCAGGCAACCAUCUUCAUCGGUGGCGGCAACUCUCGCACCAUCGACCUCGUCGCCGGAGACGUCGCCGUCUUCCCCGACAACUCCGGGCACUACGUCCUCAACACCUCCCCUACUGAGGACCUGGUGUGGAUUGAGCUGUACAAGUCCGAGCGCGUGGCUGACAUCUCGCUGACGCAGUGGUUGGCUCUUACUCCCCCUGACAUCGUGGCCAGCACCCUCAAGAUCUCGAGGGAGGUGGUGGAUAAGUUGAAGAAGGAGAAGCAGCUUCUUCUGAAGUAAGCGGUUUUUUGGAUAAUAGUGGGAGAGAGUGAGAGAUUUAUCGCGGCCUUUGGUUUUGGCUAGCUCAUCUCAUCUCAUCUCGACUUUACUUGGUAUAUCCGUCUUGGCGACGUUCUUCUGGUUUAGAGAGUAAUAAUGUGGAGAAGAAAGAGAGAGAGUUAUACAGGGGGAUAUGAAGCCUUUCGAGGAUAAUUUGGUUAGGUGGUUUGGAUGACGGAUUGAUGGAUAGUUCGCCCAGUUGAUGGGUGCUGAUUUGGUGGUGGUGCCUACCUAGUUUGGACAUCGUCGCCGCCGCCGCUUCUUCUCGGCUUUUCUGCGUUGGAGGCU